AUGGAGCGGGGGCCGGUGGUAGGGUCAGGGGCGGGGGCCCGGAUCCGGGCCCUGCUGGGCUGCCUGCUGAAGGCGCUGCUCUGGCUGGCCUCUGCCUUGCUGUACUUUGGAAGCGAGCAGGCCGCCCGCCUCCUCGGUAGCCCCUGCUUACGGCGCCUCUACCAUGCCUGGUUGGCGGCAGUGGUCAUCUUUGGGCCCCUUCUACAAUUCCAUGUCAACCCGCGGACUAUCUUCGCCAGCCACGGCAACUUCUUCAACAUAAAAUUCGUGAAUUCAGCCUGGGGCUGGACGUGCACCUUCCUCGGGGGCUUUGUGCUGCUGGUGGUCUUCCUGGCCACCAGGCGAGUGGCCGUGACCGCACGGCACCUGAGCCGCCUGGUGGUGGGGGCAGCGGUGUGGCGGGGGGCUGGCCGGGCCUUCCUUCUCAUUGAGGACCUGACGGGCUCUUGCUUUGAGCCUCUGCCCCAGGGACUGCUGCUUCACGAGCUGCCCGACCGGCGCAGCUGCCUGGCUGCCGGCCACCAGUGGCGGGGCUACACCGUCUCCUCGCACACCUUCCUGCUCACCUUCUGCUGCCUGCUGAUGGCGGAGGAAGCAGCCGUGUUCGCCAAGUACCUGGCCCACGGCCUGCCUGCCGGCGCCCCACUGCGCCUGGUCUUCCUGCUGAACGUGCUGCUGCUGGGCCUCUGGAACUUCCUGCUCCUCUGCACCGUCAUCUACUUCCACCAGUACACUCACAAGGUGGUGGGGGCCGCGGUGGGCACCUUCGCCUGGUACCUCACCUACGGCAGCUGGUAUCAUCAGCCCUGGUCCCCGGGGAGCCCUGGCCACGGGCUCUUCCCUCGCCCCCAAGCCAGCCAUAAGCAUAACUGAAGAAAUAAAGGCACAGCAGGCCUGCUA